AAUCAUGUUAGAAACUUCCAAAAGCACUCUAGAAGAGUUAGAAAUUAGGCAGUUAAAAAAUAGACGAGGUGUCUGUAAGCGAAAAUUAACUGUAUUUAAUAAAUUUAUAGAAAGAAUCGACUCAAGUGCAUUGACGGCCGAAAUAAUUGUAGACAUAAGCUUAAGACUAGAACAAUUACCAAAGUUAUACAAUGAUUUCUCUGAGAUACAGGACCGGAUCGAGACACUGUGCAGCGACGAAGGGGACAUCGAAGCCCACGAGGCCGAGCGUAUGUCAUUUGAGGACACAUUUUACCGACUUAGCGCUAAGGGCAAGCUGCUGGCGAAGGUAGAUACCGAUUCAACACCAAAUGACCAUAGUCCGCAAGCCCCGCCGCAGCAACCCCUCGGAUUUCAAAACCUUCCUAAAGAACCGAGCUGACCGGCUGGAAGCGACCAGCCCAGCAGUACCAUCGGACGCACCCAGCACUUCCAAGAAGGCCAUGGUAACCACGUCCGAACCUAUCAAGGUAACCUCCAAACAGUUUAAAUGUAACCAGUGUCCGUAUUGUUCGAGUACGCAUUAUAUUAAUCAGUGUCCAAAGUUUAGUGCAUUAAACGUUAUCGCGCGCAUCCGAGCCGUGAAUAAAUUACGAUUAUGCUUUAAUUGUUUGUCCGGAACGCAUGUCUUAACAAACUGCAGGGCCAGUACAUGUCGAGUAUGUAAGGGCAAGCAUCAUACGUUACUACACAAACCAAAUACCAACACUCAUAUAGGUAGUAACCCCGUACCAACGCGAUUACCAAUAUCAACGUUAAUCGACGAACAACCGAGUUCUAGUCAAAUCGAGACUACCUUGUCGAAUAACACUUUAAUCGAAAAACAAAUAAACAAUGCGCGAAAUAGGUCAGUUUUCCUUACAACAGCCCAAGUGCUCGUUAGGGAUAAGCAUAACAAUGUGCAUAAAAUGAAGGCAUUUUUAGACAAUGGCUCGCAAGAAAAUUUCAUUACCGAAAACGCGGCCAAAAAGUUACAAUUAAACAAGGAACAACUUGCCUUAAAUGUCAUAGGUUUCAAUGAAAAAGUGUCUAGCCUUUUAGAAUCGUGUGACGUAACAUUGCAUUCCUUAGACGGAACCUUUACAACGAAUUUGUCCUGUUUUAUUACGCCUAUAAUUUGUACUACCAACAUUUUAAUACCAAACGUGCAACGUUGGCACAUUCCGUCGCGUUAUAAAUUAGCUGAUGACGAGUUUAACUUAGCUCAAGAUGUAGAUUUGCUUAUCGGUGGGGAGAUAUUCUUUGAUUUACUUCUUACCGGUAAAUACAAGCUCGGGCCCGGAUUACCGGUUCUGAGACGCUCGCGAUUAGGAUGGAUAGUCACGGGUUCCGUACAAAAAAAAACCGAGUCUGCCAUUCAAUGUAAAGUUACAGUAGAAACUCAAUUAAAAAAGUUUUGGGAAAUAGAGGAGGGUUCCGCACCAAAUUUACCCUAUGAUGAAAAACAAUGUGAGGAUAUAUUUCUGAAAACUCACACUCACAACUCUGAGGGUAAUUUCGAAAUAGAACUUCCAUUAAAGCAGCCACCUACCAAGUUAGGUCAAUCUAGGCACAUAGCAUAUCGGAGGUUCAAAACAUUAGAAUCCAAGUUCGAGCGGAACCCCGAAUUUAAAGAUAAAUAUGUGAAUUUCAUGCGCGAGUUCGAACAAGCUGGCCAUAUGAUUCAAUUACAAGAUAAUUAUGAUGGCCCAUGUAAUUUUCUACCCCACCAAGCUGUUUUUCGCGACUCCCCCUCAACCCCUAUUCGAAUUGUUUUCGACUGCUCAUGCAGAACUGAUAACGGCAUUUCUUUGAAUGAUAUCCAAUACAAAGGCUCAAUAAUACAGGACGAACUCAUAAAUAUACUUCUACGAUUCCGAAAAUACCAAUAUGUUAUUAACGCUGACAUACAAAAAAUGUACAGAUGUAUUUAUGUUAAACCAAAUCAACAAUACCUACAAUGCAUAUUUUGGCGGGAAAAUACUCACCAACGACUCCAAAUUUAUAUGCUGACCACAUUAAGUUUCGGCUUAAAGUCAGCACCACAUAUUGCAACCAGAUGUUUGUUACAAUUGUCAAACGAAAACCAACACACAUUUCCAGCAGCUGCAGAGGCCAUAGCGAACCAGUUCUACAUGGACGAUUUUAUCGCCGGCGGCGACGACGAGAAUCAGGUAGCUGAAACAGCAUCACAGGUGAACGAGAUCCUGCGGGGAGCCAACUUCACGCUGCGGAAAUGGAAGUCCAAUUCCGAAGUCAUCAUAAAACGGGUGAGCGAAACACACACACACCAAAACACACACACAACCGAAUUUGGAGAUAAAACACAUAAGGUCCUGGGUUUAGCGUGGUCUAGUGACUCAGAUGAGCUUAUGUAUACCAUUAAAGAAAACCAAAUUUCACACCCAAUCACCAAAAGAAAGGUACUAGGGGUAAUUUCGUCCAUUUUCGACCCCCUAGGCUUGACGGGACCAGUAAUUGUAGUAGCCAAAAUAUUUAUUCAAAAAUUAUUUAAGGCUCAAUUAGAUUGGGAUACCGAAUUAACACAAGACUUGAUCCAAGAAUGGAACACAUUCUAUCGAGACUUGUUUUUAUUAAACCAAUUGAAAAUUUCGAGAUGUACAGUCAUACCCAAUUAUGUAACGAUACAAAUUCAUGGGUUCUGUGACAGUAGUAUUAAAGCCUAUGGCGCUGCCAUCUAUAUACGAUCAAGCGAUAGAGUAGGAAACGUACAAGUUCACCUACUUUACUCAAAAUCAAAAAUAAGUCCAAUACAACCCCAAACUAUUCCAAAUUUGGAACUUUGUUCCAGUUUACUGCUCGCGACACAUGUCGACAAAAUAAAACGAGCAUUAAAAUGUGACGUUUCCGGAAUCAACCUGUGGUCAGAUUCAAAAAUAACAUUAUGUUGGAUAAAAAAUAGUAACCCUAAAUUAACUUGUUUUGUUAGUAACAGAGUCACAAAAGUAUUAUCACUUACAAACAAGCACGAGUGGUCAUGGGUCCGCUCGGAGGAUAACCCCGCCGACCUUUUGUCCCGAGGGGUAGCACCAGGCAAGCUGGAAACCAACCAGUUAUGGUGGUCUGGGCCGGCGUGGUUGACCCAAAGUCCGGACACAUGGCCGACCCACGAUUCUGAGUCACUAAAUCAUGCACCCGAGGCCGAGAGCGACGUAAACAUAACUCUCACCUUGGCUAUUAGCACAGAAUAACGACACGAUACAAUAUCUUUUCCACAGGUGGUCAAGCGAUAAAACACUUAUUCAUGUAUUAGCAUACAUACUUCGAUUUAUAUAUAAUACAAAAAAUAAAACUCGAACAAUUAAUCCAAAUAAUAAAUUAUCAGGACCAUUGUCCGUAGAAGAAUUAAAAAAAUCGGAUCACGCAUUAAUUAGACAUGCACAAAUGGAAUCAUUCCCACACGAAUAUAAAUUAUUGCAAAACAAUAAACCGGUUCUUAACAAAUCAAAAAUAUUAUCUUUACACCCAUUCAUGAAGGACGGACUCGUUCGCGUAGGCGGACGAAUCGGUCUUUCGCAUUAUGCAUAUGAAAAAAAACAUCCUUUAAUAUUAAGUCACGAGCACGCGCUUACCAAACUACUGAUGGCAAACGCACAUAUACGUACUCUGCACGCUGGCCCUCAGUUAUUACUUUCAACUAUUCGCGAGCGCAUCUGGCCAACAAAAGGUAGGAUGUUAGCCUCGAAAAUUGUAAAUAAAUGCGUUCCGUGUUUUAGAGCAAAUCCAAAGACUACUAACCCUAUAAUGGGAAACUUAC